AUGGUACAGCUGAGCAGAGAUCAGGCUGUCCUGAAGGCUCAGCGCCACAUUGAUACCAUCAGGAAAGAAGCUGGGCUGGACGACACCAGUUCCAAGAGUCGAAAUGUCGAGAAUCUUCAAAAUGCCCUUCACACCCUCGCGGAUGAGUUGUAUCAGAAGUCCACGCACUUCCUCCUUGAGCUCAUCCAGAAUGCGGACGACAACGAGUAUGAUGCCGCCGAACCCAGCAUUUCUCUCACGUACCAGAAUCGACGCCUGAGGAUCGAUUGUAAUGAGAAAGGCUUCAGUGAAAAGAAUGUCGAGGCUAUCUGCAGGGUGGGUAGCAGCACUAAAGCUGGCGCCCACCGCGCCACCGCCUACGUCGGGGAGAAGGGGAUCGGCUUCAAAUCGGUCUUCAAAGCUGCUGAUGUCGUUUGGAUCUCGUCCAAUUGCUACACCUUCAAAUUCGACAAGAGACAGGUCCUAGGAAUGAUCGCGCCCAUCUGGGAGCCGUUCCCCGAGCCCUCCACGCCAUCUAUGACAUCAAUGCUCUUGCAUCUGUCUCCUGACUACGACGUGAGGCGGCUGCUCUCAGAUCUGAAAGAAUUCGACCCUCGUAUGCUCAUGUUUCUCCGCCGUUUGAGAACCGUGACGAUUACAAUUCGAGAUGGCGAACGGGUUUGGAAGACUUCUUUCAGCAAGAACGUCGGUACGAGCCACGGCGAGACAGCGAUUGAGUUGACUCGCGAUGGGGAAAUCACGAAGUACCUUGUCAGCUCACACACUGCAAGAAACCUUCCGUUUGAGUCGAAACGUCCUGGCACAAGCGAUUCUCAGAUCCUGCUUGCCUUCCCAGACAUCACGGACCAGCCAUUGAUGUCUCAAAAGGUCUACGCAUUCCUUCCGAUUCGCGACUAUGGCUUCAAGUUUCUCCUCCAGGGAGAUUUUCUUCUUUCUGCGAGCCGCGAGGACGUCUUGUCAGACUCCCCUUGGAACAGAGCCCUUCGAAGAGAGUUUGUCAAGGCUUUCGUCGCUGUCACGACAGCAUACAGCCACAGUCAAUUGUGCUAUAUCUGGCCCCGAUUCAUCCCGUUCAAAAUGACUGGACAUCAUUUCUUCGAACCAUCCAGACGAGAUAUCAUUGAAGCCCUCUCAAGACAGCCAGUGCUGAAGUCCAGAGCUCAAGAACUGAUGAUGCCGUCCUCCUUGACCUAUGUCCCCUUGGACUUCUGCGACAGACAAGGUAUCCCAAUGACUUCAUCACCGAGAACCGACCUGGCAUAUCUGUGCCAUCAGUAUGAUGUCUCGCUUUACGAUAAUCUGGAAACGCUAGGUGUCACGAAAAUGACCGAAGCCAUAUUCUUGGAUCAUCUGGAUCUCUACAUCAAGCAAAAUACCGCAAUGUUCCAGAAGACGAAAACUGUCGAGUGGCACACGCGACUUGCAGAAGUCCUACUGAAGCUUUCUUUCAAUACCGAACAUCACGAGAAGCUUCGCAAGCUACCGAUCAUUCCUCUUAAUGACGGAAGGUGGGUUUCCGCCGAGGAGAAGAGCAUCUUUCUUCCUCAAGAAGCCGAGAACUUCACGGCGCCCAAGGGCCUUGCAUUCCGACUAGUCAGAGAAGAUGCUGCCAACAACCCCACAGCUCGCUCUCUGUAUCUUCAGCUCGGCCUCAAGGUCUUCGGUCAGGAUGCUAUCGCCGAUUUCCUCCUCCACGUGCAUACCCAGCCUUUGUUCAACCCGAAAAGCAUUACUGUCGAGCACCUGAUAUCUCAGGCAGUGUUCCUCUUCAGGGCCAGAGUACAUGACUUUGAGGUCAGAUAUCUCUGGCUUGCUACAACAGAUGGUUCUGGCCGCUGUCGCGCGGAAAGCGCAUAUCUGCCGUGGCAGGCUCCUUUUGCUGCGAGCCAAUACUUUGCUGGUCGGAGCGAUAUCAACUUCAUCCAUCCACAUUACUUGGAGGCCGUAGAGGAGGAUCAAGCGAGUUGGCUUGAGUGGCUGGAGAAUACCGCCAAAAUCUCUAUUCUGCCACGCCUUACUCAGGCCGACGCGCAAUCACCGCACUCCUUCGGACUAUCGCGGCAUUUCGCCUUGAUCAUGCAGAAUUUCAAGUCGAGAGAUUUUCUGGUCCUUCUGAGAGACAAUUGGGGCUACUAUUCUCGAUGGCUCGAAGAUGACGCCGGCGGUGCUAGAGAUGACUCCAGAAAGGCUAGACAGGCAUGUCGAGAGAGACUCAGACACUCGCUGCAGGAAGCACAAGUGCAGUGCCUUGGAGGCGGGAAGAAGUCCCUGCGCGAGGUCUUCCUGCCUAUCCCAGAACUGGUUCAGCAAGCGAAUGGUCAGGUGCCGUUCGUCGAUGUCGACGAUCCUCUCGACCCGCGUUGGCAAAGAUUGAGAAUCCUGGGCCUUGGUGUCGAAGGUGAUGUUUGCUUCUACCUCCGAUGCUUAGAAGCAAUGAGCGGUACAAAAGAUGCAAUCGUUAUCGACCGGGCUGCUUUGCUGCUUGAACAGAUCCAGGCCCGGUGCGCCGAACUCCCAGACGUUGUGAGGCAGUCAUUCAAACAGAAACCGCUGGUUUGCAUCCCAAACAAAAGAGUUGGAGGUGAACCACGCUGGGUGAAGGUGCAAGAUUGCUUGUGGAGCGGCCCAGAAUGUCUUCGACGAUUUGUUGCUCUGAAGAACAUCUAUCCGUCUUGCCAGCGGCUCUUCCGUGACUUCUUCUUGCUUCCCGAUGCUGGCAUUGCAGACAUCGUCCGCGAGACCAAAUUGCUCAAUGUCGGCGACCCGUUGUCCUACAUCAAAGCGCUGUUCUUCGAAAUCGAAAAGCAUCUGGAGAAGGACGAGACGACGACGGCCAUCGACUCACUUCAGACACAUUGCAUAUGGCCAAUCUAUAAAACAAGCAACCAAGAAGAGUGGGAUAUGCUUGCAUACGCCAACAACUCAACCCCGUGGUUCAUUGCUGACAGGACACACUUGCUGGAGAGUUUCAGUGGGAUCGUGCCUUUGCUCGCCUUCCAGGUCGAGGAUGUACUGAAAAUUCCACUCUUGAUUCGCAAGCUGGGCUGCGACAAACGGCGAUUGACCCGAGCAGUCACGAGCAUUGCAGAGACUGUUGGUAUCUUACGACCCGAUCCGACUCGGCAAGCUGAUCUACGAUCAAGAGCCGAAUACAUAGCCAGACUCAUCCCAAAGAAAGAACAUGGGAAGAAGGAAAAGGUGGCCAAGCUCAGAUCGCUGCAAGCAUUCACCACUACGAGAGUCAUCCAAAAGUGGUCCGUGAAAGUUGCCUCUGAGAGCAGAUCGGGGCGUUCGAAGGAUGGGAACGUUGUUCUCUCGACCGAACAUAACCGGCUCGAAAUCUACUUGAAAAACGGGUAUUUCGAAUCAACCAAGGUUCCCAGGGACCUAAUCGAGGCAAUUGCAAGCUUCUGCGGGAUCGAAGACAAAGGCUUAUUUCUCCUCACAGUCGCCUUACAGGACGACAUUCCGAAUAUACAGAAAUGCUUCCAAGAGCACGGUGUUGCCGCGCUCAACCUGGAUGAUGACGCAGCGGACGACUUUGAAGAUGUUGACGACUUCGACCCGCGAAAGCCCCAGGGUUGGGGCGCAGCGACGACCAGUGGGCCGCGACAGAAUGGUCGACAGAGCACGCUCAAGGGAGAAUCGGUGCGUAUGUUCAGACCUUUCAGCAUGCUCGGCCCCGGUUUUGGUCCGAGACGGAUUUUUCUGGGCAGUGGCUUCAGUAACUCCGAUGAGGCUUUCGUGAUAGACGGCGCAUUCGGCUGCUUUCGCGCCAGUGAUCUCUAUAUAGAAGAGGAGGAGGAUGAUGACGACGCUAAGUCGAUCGCGUCAAGGGCUUCCUCGACACUUUCUGGCUCAACACUCGGCGGCAGUAGGAUGAGACUCUUCGCGGCAGUUCCCGGUAGAAUGCUGAGACGAAGUUCCGGCUUCUCUGACAACGUGCGUCGAGAGGCUGACGACAAUCUGGAGUUUCUGGGUCAGAAAAAGGUCUCGGAAGAACUCCGACGGAUGCUCAGCACGGCCUAUGACCCAGAUGUCCAUUGGACGAGCAGUCUGAGGACAAGAAACGGACACAAAGUUUUCGUUCGAGAACGAAAUAGUGACGGGAAGACCAAGCUCUACGCCAGCUUCACGGUCACCGAUACCAGCGGCAUGUUCAGCCGUUACGUCGCAGAGUGUUAUCCCGAGGCCAAGAGAUGGGUCAAGCGUCCGCCGGUGUACCAUCUCGACGUGAGGACGACCACAGGGGACCUGGCGUCUGAGUUCGCCUACAGCAAUUCCCAGUGGAAGAUGGCUCGCACAUAUACCAUCCCCGAAUCAGCUGAUACCAGCAUCCCCACCGAUGUGUACUUCCUCGUACGCGUUUUCAAUGCGGAGAAGGAGCCAGAAGCACAAUUCCUGCUGGACCCCUGGGCACUCUAUCUCCAGGACAAUCUGCGGCUGAAAGCCGAAAAGGAAUAUCGUGUGAAUGUCCACGGGCUGCGGAUGUGA